AGAUGUAAGAUUUGUAAAGUACAGUAGUAGAAGAACAGCAAGAAGAAGUAGAAGAAGAAGAAGGCAGAGCAUGGAAAAAAAGAAUUGGAUGGGUGUUCUUGUCAAGUACCUUCACUGUCACAACCUGACCCAUAAACCAAUUCACCCUGAUUCAGUUCCAUUGCUAGUCCCCUCAUCAAAUCAUAUUUCUAAUGUCAAGGAAACAAACCAUGAAGAACAAGAAGAAGUGAAGGUUGAAAAGCAAAGGAAGAUAGAAAAAGGGUCAUCUCGAACCAAAUUAUCUGUUGAAGAUGAAAUGAUGAUUAAGUCUCUUACUGCUCAGAUGAUGAUUGGUUGUUCAAGCAUGAAACCAGUUACAACAGGUGGAGAUAAUAAUAAUAAUAAUAAUAAUAAUAAUGGGAAUGAAAUGAACAAGGUAGAUUGGAUUGAAAAAUAUGAACCUUCUGGUGUGUAUAUAAUCCUCAAGACUAACACUGAUGGAGCCCUAGAUCUCAAUAAAGUGCAAUUCAGUCGACGAGAUAGGGAGGAGAACCGAAAAGCUAGUGUUUACGAGAUAUACAAUGUUGUUGGUCGACCAGAUACAUCGUCUGAUUCGGGGAUGAAAGUUUAAUUGUCUAUCAUUUCUUUCGUUUUACAUAUUGGCAAUGUCUCAAAUUGUUAAACUUAUCUUUGUAAUUAAACAUUUUAAUUUUUUGCAUUAAGCUAAGAUCUAGGUGGUGAGUUUGCUGAUUAAUUUAUGGAUAUUAGUAAGACAAUUUUCAAAAAUAUACUUUAUGUUUUAC